UGCUGCGGGGCUAAGUUUAAGGGAACAUGCUGUGUAAUGUACACCACCUGUGUGCUCUCUGGCUGCGGUAUUACUGUGGCUACGGUCGCUAUGAUAGGCUCAGCAGAGGUCAUUUACAUACUUUAUGACUCUAGGCAAAAGGGGGUAGUGACGGUGAGAGGUAGGCAGGGAGUGGGAGAGAGAUAGAGAGAUAGAGAGAGAGGGAAAGAGAUGUUAGGCUUUUUACGUGACUCAUGAAGCUGGCAGUCAAACUGGUCAAACCUGUCUUUUAGCCCGAAGAUGUGCUGAUGGGUGAAAACUGAACAGCUUGGAGGGUUUAUUAAGUGGGCCAGUUGCCAUAGCGACGCUUUGGCAGGAUAUUGCCAGGAUAAGCCGUAAUGGGUCUCCUGACGCAGUUCACUCUGCUCCUGUGGAAGAACUUCACUCUCCGGAAGAGACAAAAGGUCCGAUUGGUGGUUGAAGUGCUCUGGCCUCUGUUCCUCUUCGUCAUACUGGUGUGGGUGCGGUCUACAAACAAACCAAUUUUCAAAGGCCAAUGUCACUACCCCAAUAAAGCCAUGCCGUCGGCUGGCGUGCUGCCCUGGCUUCAAGGUAUGAUUUGUAACAUCGACAAUCCCUGUUUGGACUAUCCAACGCCAGGGGAGACACCAGGCCAAGUCAACAACUUCAACAACUCCGUAAUUUCUGGAAUGUUGAUUGAGCUACAAACCCUCCUGGUAAACAGAUCUUUUCUCAGCAAGGUGCAAUUACUGGCAGAUGAUGUCGACAAGUGGGCUUCAGUCCUGUCACAGUCUAACCCUGGUAAUGGUCAACCAGUGAUCCUGAGGAGUAUCCUAAGAGACAAUGAAACGUUCUCCGCACAUCUGAAAGAGAAUUUGUCGGUGCCACCAGCAGUGGUCCAAAGCCUCUUCGCUGCUCAGAUUUAUGUCAAUCCAAUGACAGGCAUCCUGAGACCAGGUGAACUGAGGAGCAUCCUGUGUGAGGGGACAGGUCUGGAUGAGUACAUCCAAUUUAGCAGCCAAGCUGAAAAGAGGGCUUUUCAAAAUGUCAGCUGCUCCGUCACUCCACAGCAGCUGAUUAACACCCAGCAAGUACUCCUGCAAAACCUGGACGCGAGGAAAGUGCUUUCCGAGCUGGAUGCGACUGACACAGUGACACUGAUUGGGAAAACCACUGCAGAUGCAGCACCAGUGAUUCGUGAGGUGGCAAGGUUGCAGAGCUCCACAAUCUUUAAGGCUGCUAGUUCAUUGGAUUUCCGAGAGGACAUGAUUGGCAGCAUCAAUAUGCUACUGUGUGGAAAGAAGCCUGACUUCAAUUCUACUAAUUUGACCCUGAGUUUACCCUCAUCUAGACAGACAACUAACAACAUGUCAGCCUCCAUUAUGAGCAACAGUUCCGAUCCUUUUUGUCAAGCUCUCGUUGACACCCUGGAGGGCACACCUGGUUUGCGCUACAUUUGGAGCACUUUCAGGCCGUUACUGCAAGGGAAAGUCCUCUACACACCUGAUACACCUGCUGCUCGCCUCAUGGUGAAAGAGGCAAACAGCACUUUCAGUGCUUUGGCUAUGUUAAAAGAACUGGCUGAUUCAUGGGACGAACUUGGGCCACGCGUCUGGGAUUUCUUUCAGAAUAGCCCCCAAGUCAAUGCAUUACGGGCUUUGCUGGCGAAUCCAGUGUUUGCUGCUGCCCUCAACGGGCGUCUCAACGGCACAGGAUGGACACCAGAGCUGCUUGCCAACUUCCUGUACAACGGGCCUCCAGAGGAUCGUCCAGCCGGCAUGCCGCCCAAUGACUGGCGCAAUGUUUACAACAGCACUACCCAAAUCCUGGAGCUUCUCUCCAAGUUCCUUGGUUGUUUAGACCUGAACAAGUUUGAGGCAGCUGCCAAUGAAACCCAUCUGGUGACCAAAGCCUUGGAACUUCUGAAGAAUGAUACGUACUGGGCCGGCAUUAUCUUUGAAAACCUCCAGCCAGACUCCAGCCAGCCCCCUCCUUAUGUCAAGUACACAAUCCGCAUGGACGUCGAUGAGGUAGAACGCACCAACAAAGUGAAAGACAGGUCAUGGUCUCCUGGGGCCGGAGACAAUUCCUUUAACGACCUGCGCUAUAUAUGGGGAGGCUUUGCCUACCUGCAGGAUAUGAUGGACCACGGCAUUAUACGAACACAAACGUCAAAGAACCAAACGCUUGGUGUUUUUGCUCAGCAAAUGCCAUACCCCUGCUUCGUGGAUGAUGCUUUCAUCCAGAGUAUUGGAGGCAUCCUUCCCAUGUUCCUGGUUCUGGCCUUCAUGUACACUGUGUGUAUGACCAUCAAAGGCCUGGUGUACGAGAAGGAGCUGCGGCUCAAGGAAGUGCUGCGUGCUGCUGGCAUUCAAAACGGUGCCCUUUGGUCUUCAAGGUUCAUAGAGAACAUUGUUCUGCUCACAGUUCCCUGUUUCCUCAUGAGUAUCAUGGUUAAGUACGGCAAAGUCCUGCAAUAUAGCGACCCCUCGGUAAUCUUUGUCUUCCUGCUGGUGUUCUGCGUGUCCACCAUCACUCAGUGCUUCUUCAUUAGCGUCUUCUUCUCCAAGGCCAACUUAGCGGCCGCGUGCGGUGGCCUCAUCUACUUUGUCCUCUACCUGCCGCACAUCCUUUGCUACGCCUGGAGGGACGUCAUGGGUUUCGGGGCCAAGGUUGCUGUGAGUUUAUUGUCAUGCGUGGCUUUCGGCUACGGCUGUGAGAACUUUGCCAAGUACGAGGAGCAAGGCAUCGGUAUUCAGUGGUCCAACAUCGGCAAGAGUCCAGAAGAGGGGGAGCGCUACACCUUCAUUGUGUCCAUCAUCAUGAUGCUGUUUGAUGCUGUGUUCUACUGGAUUCUCACCUGGUACAUUGAAAACGUCUUUCCAGGCCAAUAUGGAAUCCCUAAGCCGUGGUACUUCCCUUUCACUGCGUCUUAUUGGUGUGGGACCGCCUCAGUGACUGACGUUGACCCAGGUUUGCUGAAGGACUCCAGUGCACAUAAUGAAUAUCUGGAGAAGACGCCACCCAAUGUGAAAGCCGGGGUAUCGAUCCGCAAUCUUGUCAAAAUCUACAAGACUGGGAAGAAACUUGCUGUGGACGGCCUGAGUGUUGACUUCUAUGAGAAUCAGAUCACAUCUUUUCUUGGCCAUAACGGAGCUGGAAAAACAACCACAAUGUCAAUUCUAACAGGACUCUUCCCGCCCACAUCUGGAACCGCCCUCAUCAACGGACUUGACAUCCACACCGACAUGGACAGCAUUCGGAAGUACUUGGGAAUGUGCCCACAGCACAAUGUCUUAUUCAAUGAGCUGACUGUGGAGGAGCACAUCUACUUCUACGCCAGGCUGAAAGGAUGCACCCGUGACGAAGUGAAAAUCGAAAUGGACCAGAUGAUUAAGGAUGUUGGUUUACCACAUAAGCGCAAGGAACUUGCUAAGAACCUGUCAGGUGGGAUGCAGAGGAAGCUGUCCGUGGCUAUAGCAUUUGCCGGCGGAUCAAAAAUUGUCAUCUUAGAUGAACCUACAGCAGGAGUGGACCCCUAUGCCCGCAGGGGUAUCUGGGAACUGCUGUUAAAGUACAAACAAGGUCGCACCAUCAUUUUGUCUACACACCACAUGGACGAGGCAGACAUCUUAGGUGAUCGUAUUGCCAUCAUCUCCCAGGGGAAAAUGCGCUGCUGCGGCUCCUCGCUCUUCCUAAAGAAGUGUUUUGGAAGCGGCUACUACCUCACUCUGGUCAGAGAUGGGACUGAAAAGAUGACAGCUCAGCGUAAUGGUAUCAUACACAAUCAAGCCAAAGAGGAAAAAGAUCGUCCUUCGAGGAGCAGCAGCCCAGAUGACGGCAUUGGCAGCCAAAGCUGGGCCAACUCUGAUCCCUCAGAUUUGACAGCAGUGGGUCAACUUGUGCGGCGCCAUGUCCCUCAGGCUGUCUUCUUGGAGAACAUCGGUCAGGAGAUCACCUACAUACUGCCCUAUGGAGGAGCCAGAGAUGGGACCUUUGCCCUUCUCUUCCACGAACUUGACCUGGCCCUAGCUGACCUCGGCCUGACCAGCUACGGCAUCUCUGACACGACACUGGAGGAGAUAUUUCUUAAGGUGGCAGAAGAUACUGGCGUGGAUGCAGAGAUUUCAACAACAAAGGAGCUGUUGGUGAGAGACUGCAAAAGGAGCUCUCGCGAAUCCAAGCGGAACAGCAUCACCAGCGUCCAGACUAAAACAGAAAUCUCUGGAUUGAGUGAUUUAAAAGAAAAGUUCGCCAGUAAAGUGGGUGACUUUAAGAGGAACACCAGUGUCAAUGGGAGGGGCUCUGCGGUCAUCACAGGAUGGGAGCUGAUCAGGAGGCAGUUCCUGGCGCUCUUUAUCAAGCGCUUCCAUCACGCCCGCAGGAGCCGCAAGGGACUCAUUGCCCAGGUGGUCCUGCCUGCUGUUUUUGUGUGCCUGUCUCUGAUCUUCUCACUCAUCGUUCCACCAUUUGCCGAAUAUCCAAGUCUGGAGCUACAACCCUGGAUGUAUGGUCUCCCUCAAACUACCUUUUACAGCAACGAUGGGCCGGAUAAUGUGGAGGUGUCCCACGUGGUGGAAACCUUGGUGAACAACCCUGGUUUUGGGACUCGCUGCAUGACUGGAGAUCCAAUACCGAAGCUACCGUGUACCUCCAGCGGGUCUGAAUGGGUCACUCCACCUGUGGACCAGUCAGUGAUUGACAUCUUCCUCAACGGAAAUUGGAGCAUGUCGAACCCCUCCCCCUCCUGUCAAUGCAGCACUCCUAAACGGACAAUCAUGUUACCCGACUGUCCGCUCGGCGCUGGAGGGCUCCCUUCACCUCAGAGGAUCCAGAACACAACAGACACACUGCUGAAUUUAACUGGACGGAAUAUGUCAGACAUCUUGAUCAAGACAUUUGAGCACUCAGGAAAAACAAGGUAUGGAGGGAUCUCUGUCGGAGGAGUCAACUCCCAGGUCCGUCUGACUGAGGCAGGAAUCGAAGCUGCAUUCAGGGAUCUAAAAGACCUAUUCAGUUCAUCUCAGGAUAAUGUGACUGAUCAGAUCAUCCAGAAUGCUGAGACUCUGCUGAAGAAGCUGGGAACCAGGGACAACGUAAAGGUGUGGUUCUACAACCGGGCUUGGCACGGCAUGGUGUCCUUCCUCAGUGUGGCCAACAACGCCAUCCUGAGAGGAAAUCUGCCAGCAGGACAGGAUCCCCGCCAGUAUGGCAUCUCUGUCUCCAAUCACCCGCUCAACCUCACCAAGCAGCAGCUCUCCUAUGUGGCCAUGGCCACAACCUCGACUGACGUGGUGGUGUCCAUCUGCGUUAUCUUUGCCAUGUCCUUCAUCCCUGCCAGCUUUGUCCUCUUCCUCAUCCAAGAGAGGGUGAACAAAGCCAAGCAUCUGCAAUUUGUCAGUGGAGUAAACCCAGCUGUCUACUGGCUGUCUAAUUUUGUCUGGGACAUGUGCAACUACAUCAUCCCAUGCUUGAUUGUGAUUGUGAUCUUCCUCUGCUUCCAACAAAAAUCCUACGUUUCCCCACCUAACCUGCCUGCUUUGGUCCUCCUCCUAAUUUUGUAUGGGUUUGCCAUCACUCCCAUGAUGUACCCCGCCUCCUUCAUCUUCAGCGUGCCCAGCACAGCCUAUGUGGUGCUGACCUGUAUAAACCUCUUCAUCGGUAUUAACGGCAGCGUGGCCACCUUCGUUAUGGAGCUAUUUGAUGAUGAUAAUGUCUCCCACAUCAACGACAUAGUGAAGCAGGUGCUGCUGAUAUUCCCGCAUUUCUGUCUGGGCCGAGGGCUAAUUGACAUGGCAAAGAACCAGGCGAUGGCCACACUCUUCAGCAGUUUUGGGGAGGACCGAUUUAAGGACCCGCUUAGCUGGGAUAUGGUGGGAAAGAACCUUUGCGCCAUGUCCAUUCAGGGAGUUGUCAUGUUUGCCAUCACAAUCCUCAUUCAGUAUAAAUUCUUCUGCAAACCAAGGCUUAUUUCAGCAAAGUCAUUAUCUGCGGAGGAAGAGGAUAUCGAUGUUGCUCGGGAACGUGAGCGGGUGUAUGAGGGCAGGACCCAAAACGACCUUCUGAGGAUCUAUGAUCUGACUAAGGUAUACCCUCGGAAGAGCACCCCUGCUGUGGACAGGCUAUGUGUGGGCGUACCUGCCGCAGAGUGUUUCGGCUUGUUGGGAAUCAACGGGGCUGGGAAAACCACCACGUUCAAAAUGCUGACAGGAGACAUCCCAGUCUCCGGUGGAGAGGCCUUCCUAAAUGGAUACAGCAUACGCACAGAAAUGAGAGACGUGCACCAGAACCUGGGCUAUUGUCCCCAGUUUGAUGCUAUUGAUGAUCUGCUGACCGGACGAGAGCAUCUGGAGUUUUAUGCCAGGUUACGAGGGGUUCCAGAAAAAGAGGUCACCAUGGUGGCAGAGUGGGGGGUCCAGAAGUUGGGGCUGGUCAAAUAUUCCAACAAGUCAGCAGGUACAUACAGCGGCGGGAACAAACGAAAGCUUUCUACAGCAAUGGCCUUGAUCGGCUGUCCUCCGGUCAUCUUCCUGGAUGAACCAACCACUGGCAUGGACCCCAAAGCCCGUCGCUUCCUAUGGGACUGCAUCCUGAGUGUCAUCAAAGAGGGACGCUCUGUCAUUCUCACGUCACACAGUAUGGAGGAGUGUGAAGCAUUGUGCACUCGCAUGGCCAUCAUGGUUAACGGACGCUUCAAGUGUCUAGGGAGCAUCCAGCAUCUGAAGAGCAGGUUUGGUGAUGGCUACACAGUGAUUGUAAGAGUUGGUGGCACUCCUCCUGCCUUGAAGCCGGUUGAGGACUUUGUCCAACUGACCUUCCCGGGCAGCACCCUGACAGAGAAGCAUCACAACACACUGAAAUAUCAGUUCCCAUACACACAGGGAGCUUUGGCCAACAUCUUCAGCCACUUCACCAACCAUCAACAGGGGCUGGGCGUGGAAGAUUACUCUGUGUCCCAGACCACUCUGGAUCAGGUCUUCGUGAAUUUUGCACGGCUCCAGCAUGGGGAGGAGGACACUCAGGCCUAUGACAACCCGGUGGACACCUCAGAUGAAGUGCCAAUGAAGUCUGUGAGGACCUCCACAGAAGUGUCAGAGAGAGUGUAACACCCAUAAGAAGAGCAUCACAUAUUGCACUUAAAGUAGAUCAGCAAUAUACCUCAAACAAAACCUAAUGGAUGUGAUUUGCACUGAUAAAGUUAAAUGUUUAUGACCACAAUCGAAAUGCCAAACCACCAUGUCUUACACUGGUCAACAGUACCAAACAUGUCUCAACAUUACUGUUCUAGAACUAUAAAUGUCUAAAGCUGAAGUGAAUAAUUCUCCAUGCCCGCAGCACUCAUUUUAUUGCCUUCAUCUAAACCCUAAAUACUUUAUUUAUUCUCAUUUUAACAAGUGAACAAAAAUCUGCCAGCACAGUGAGAACAUUUCAACUUGUCUCCGAUAGAAAUCGACUUGUUUCGUGAGUGUCUGCUUCUUGGCAAUAAGGCAGGUUGCUGCACUUGAAUCAAGAAAAAUGAAACUAGAUUUUAGAAAACACUUGAAAUAGUUCAAUUUGCAUGUGAAACAGGGUGAAAUAUUCUUACUCUGCUGGCACUCACUUACUUACUCACUUGUGCUAAGGAAAAUAGACUCCAAGAACAGAAUUACAUACUAAAAUGACUUGAUAAGAAGGAACUAUUUGCAGUGUACAAUCUAUCAGCUGGAAUGCUGUAUUUUUCUGAUAAAACUUGUUUGGGAUAUGUUGCUCACCUCUAUAUACCUCAGGAAUGUGUCAAGGUUUAGAAAGCACCAUGCAUUGCACAGUACUUAGUAUACCUCAGGAUUGUACUUAUAUUUAAAUUUGAUUAUAUUUGAGAUUUUCACGAGUUGUUUACAUUUACUGUUGUUAUUAAUGAUGAUUUUAAAAAGAACAUUUAAAAAAACAGCACUUAUCUGUUUUCAUACCAAAGAUUGGCAUGGACUUAUUGUAGCUGAGGAAGGUGCAAUCAGGCCAGAUGUUUGACUCACACACUUGCUAAAAAUUGCUGGGUCACUUAUGUUAUACAUUUAUGGACAUAUCAAAAAAUAUCAUCAAGCAACUAAUAUAGGAAUCUUUUAUCAACACAAAUGCCAGAGAAGUUAAACCACAGUUGGUUUAAACCCUCUAUUGUGAUUUCCUGACAGGCAUUCCAGCGAUAACCACUGAGCAAAAAUGAUUAAUAAAUACCCUGUCAGAUGUGUUGGCUUUGAAUGUAUCAGUGAGCCUCCAAUUAGCUGUAGAUGUUGUUUAAUGAAAGACGCUGAGGUUACAGCAGUGGGACAAUACAAAGUCAGCCUGAGUCAAUCAACUGAGACAAACAUGUUGAGUCUGCAAGAAAGGAGACACAUCACGUGUCCGCACCAACCACAGCUUACAGGCAGUCACCGCUCAGGGCUUUUUCUGAUGCUGCGUUACAGGCAGAGAUCAUGACUGCAAGUGGACACAUCAGAAAUAUUUCUCAAGAAUUACUGGUGAAUGUAUCCAGAAGCAAAGAUUUAUAUUAAUGACAUUUUUAAUGUAUUGCUUGGCUGAAUGUAUCUUUUUUAUUUAUCACAUUUAUUCGCAGAAUCUAAAUAAACUU